AUGGAGGCCCUGAAAGAAGCUGAACUUUGCUUUCCCCAGCUCAACAACUCCUGCAAGAAGACGAUGCGUCCUCACUUGGAGGCUGCGCUCAUCUACACUGUGCUGUCCGGCAUCUCUGUGGCCACUGUGGUUCUUAACCUGCUGGUCAUCAUCUCUAUCUCACACUUCAGGCAACUCCACACCACCACCAACCUCCUCCUUCUCUCUCUGGCUGUUGCAGACUUCCUUAUGGGUCUCCCAGAGAUGCCAACUGAAAUCCUGCUUUUCCGAGGCUGCUGGAUGCUGGGUGACUUUGUAUGUGCUCUGAAUUACUUUUUAGGUUUCCUUAUUGUCAGUGUUUCAGUAGGAAGCAUGGUGCUCAUAUCAAUUGACCGUUACAUGGCAAUUUGUGACCCAAUGUUUUACACCACCAAAGUCACUCUGAAAAAAGUUCAACUCUGCAUUUGGAUGUGUUGGAUAUUUUCUGCUGUGCACAGCACUUGGAUACUGAGGGAUUUCCUCCAACAACCAGACAGGUAUAACUCCUGUUAUGGAGAAUGUGUAGUCAUAAUUAAUUAUGUUGAAGGAGCUGCUGACCUUAUUUUGACCUUUUUCGGCCCCAUUGUAGUCAUUACACUUCUGUAUUUGCGAGUAUUUAUGGUGGCUGUGUCUCAGGCUCGUGCCAUGCGCUCUCAUGUCACAGAUGUCACACUUCAGCGUUCAAAAGCUAAGAAAUCUGAGAUGAAAGCAGCCAGGACUCUUGGUGUUGUAAUAGUUGUAUUCAUUUUGUGCUCCUCUCCGUAUUACUGUUUCACAGUUGAAACUGAAAACAACUCAAUAGGGGCGACCUCUGCAGCCAUCCAACUUUGGCUAUUGUACUUUAACUCCUGUCUAAACCCUGUGAUCUAUGUUUUUUUCUACCCCUGGUUCAGAAAAGCUAUUAAACAAAUUGUUACACUUCAAAUACUGCAGCCUGGCUCCUCUGAGACCAGUCUUAUGUAG